AUGAGACUAAAUUUAUCAAGUGAUGAUAAACGUCAUGCCGUUCGUGCUGUAUCAGCGAGUAUUAAUCAAUUUUCUUCAGAAUUUUAUGAGACUGUGUCUAAAGAUGUAGUGGAUAACUUUAUCUGCUCUCCGUUGAGCGCAGCGAUGGUACUGAUGAUGGCGUCUUAUGGAGCUCGGGGUAAAACUGCUGAAGAAAUGACCAAAGCUCUGCAUCUCAACUAUGAAAAUUAUGUCCAGAAAACUGGGAUUAAUUUUUUGAUCGAUAAUUUCAAUACGAUUGAUAAAGCUCAAGUAAAAUUAGCGAAUAAAAUUUUCGUGACUAACGUCGUGCCGAUCAAGCCUGCGUUUAUAAAUAUUACUGAGUCGACAUUCAGAUCUGUUGCAGAGAGUCUUGAUUUUAUGAAUGCUGAAGCUUCCAGUCAAAUUAUUAAUAAUUGGUGCGAAAAAGAGACUCAUUCACGAAUUAAAGACGUUGUACAACCUGGAGAUUUGAAUGCAGACACUGCGCUUGUUCUUGUAAACGCUAUUUAUUUCAAAGGAAUAUGGGCUGAUAAAUUUAUUGAGAAUGAAACUCAUCCAAGGACAUUCCACCUGGAUGAACAAAGAACUAAAAUGGUGCCAAUGAUGCAUAGAUUAGCAAAUUAUCGUUACGGUAUACUUCCCGAAUUGAAUGCCAGAUUUAUUGAAAUACCUUAUGAGAGUACUGAUUUGACAGAUUCACUGAGUAUGAUAAUAAUUCUCCCUGAUGAAAUCACCGGGCUCGGUGAUAUCGAAGCAGGUCUUCAUAAAUUAAAAUUCGAGCGACUUCUUUCUGGAGAACAAUUUGAAAUAGAUCUAUUUCUGCCUAAAUUUAAAAUAGAAAGUAAAAUCGACCUUAAAAAGCCACUUAACGCCCUUGGUAUGAACCAAAUGUUCGAAGAUACCGCUAAUUUUACGGGAAUAAUGGAUGUUCCUCCGCUGAAAGUAAGCAAAAUAGUUCAAAAGUCUUUCAUUGAGGUCAACGAAGAAGGCAGUGAAGCUGCUGCUGCUACAGUAUUUGAUCUUCAAAACAGACUGGGAUUCAGUGAUAGUUCACUGAAGAGAGCGCAUUUCAUUGUAGACAGACCAUUUUUCUUCCAAAUUGUAAGCGAGCACAUUGUUCUUUUCAGUGGUCAUAUUAAAGAUAUAAUUUAA